AUGGAAGAGGUGCUUGAGGAGAUAACGGUGAAUACACUAGAUGAAACGCUAGACGGUGAUGACGACAAGCUUGAGGAACCUGACGAUAGAGUCGAUAGUGAUGAUGAAGGCGUUGAAGUCGAAGACGAAGGCGUCGCUAUGGUGGAACUUGACGUGCCAGAACUUGACGUGCCAGAACUUGUCGGCGUGCUAGAAGAACUUGCAAGUCCACUUGAUGAUGAGCUGAGUGAUAGUGUAGACGAAGGCGUCGCUAUGGUGGAACUUGACGUGCCAGAACUUGUCGGCGUGCUAGAACUUACCGACGUAGCAUAA